AUGAAUGCGUCUGUUUUCAGUAACACCGUAAACAAGUCUACUGUAAAUUUUGUCGAGAAUGAAAAAAGAAGUGGAGAUAGCGGGACAAACUCAAACCGGAAUCGAGAAGAAAGUCAGUCAGUGCAAUAUGGCGGACACCAAAUUGGAAAGGGAGUAAAUGAAUCAAACUCGAAGAAAGAUAUGUACAACAGUGACACGCACGAAGGAAAAGACAAUACUUUGCGGAAUUCAAAUACAACAAAAGUUAUAUAUAGUGUAGAUAUCUUAAUAAAAGAACUGAAGAAGAUUCAUGACAAUUUGUACAAGAAACGGGAGAACGACACCUGCAAAAUACGGCCUGCUAGUUGCGUAAUAAUUGGUAUAGCGAAGAGUGGAACCCAGGAGUUGCUGAAUUUUUUAUCAAUUCAUCCAAAUGUGGUACAGAAACACAACUUACCAAAUCCAAACUUAUUUGACAAAAACUCAUACUUAGAUAGAAGAAAAGAAAAAAUGCCAUGUACAUAUUCGGAUCAAAUUGGGAUAGUGAAAACGGAUUACUUUUUCUUCCGCGAGGAGAUGCCAGACAAAUUUUACAAAUUUAACAAAAAAUUGAAAAUGAUUCUGCUUGUACGAGAACCAGUUGAAAGACUGAUAUCUGCUUAUUCCUUUACAUAUCUUCAAAAGAAACAGCACAAGCUUGUAUUUAACUACAGAUUAGAGGACGUUCCCGAAAUUGACUCCGUCUUUGUUGACCAACAGAACGGACGUGUUAAAACAAACCAGUUUGAUCUUACACAUUCAGUUUACGAUUUAGCAAUGGAGAGGUACCUUAAAUAUUUUUCAAGAGACCAGAUACUGGUAAUAGAAUCUAGUGAAUUUAGAAAGGACCCGGCUGCAGUUUUGCAAAGGGUGGAACAGUUUUUAGGUUUAAAACACGUGAUUAAAGACGAUUACUUCGCCUAUAACAAAAAUAAACAUUUUCAUUGUUUAAAAACAUUGCAAGGAAUGGUUUGUUAUGGUAGUGAUAGGGGCAGGGCAAAACUGAAAGACAUAACACCAGAAACCAGACGCACACUCCACGCAUACUUUAAACCGCACAAUGAAAGGUUUUUUGAACUGAUUGGGAAAAGGUUUAAUUGGACAGGACUUUAG